AUGGCUAACGAAGAUGAAUGUUCAAAAAUUCUUAGCCAGUUUGAAAAUUCAGAAGAGAAAUCAAAGAAUAAAAAAGAUUUGGAUAAUUUUUUGAAGAAAGUAUGUGAAGUUGAAUCUAUAGUAAGAGGCAUGAGCUCGAAGGACGAGGGUACAGUCGAUAGCUGCAUGAAACGGGCUGAUGAGUUCCUCACAAAAUACAACAACCUACCUACCGGAGACUUUUCUGAAAAAAAUAAAGAUGGCGGACAUGAUGUUGAUGAUGAUGAUGAUGAUGGUGGUGAUAAAAAUACGAAAGAUAAAAAUCCCAAGAAGAAAGCUAUUAAUAAAACAAUCAUAAACGAUAAGGCCUUCAAAGAUGAUGACAGCCACAAGGGCAGACAAACUGAACAAAUGGACCCUGAGGCUUUCAUGAGAAUGAUGGAAGAAGAUGCAAAUAAAAGAGCGGAGGAUAGAAGGAAGAGAAAAGAGAAAGCGGAGGAAUUAAAGCAGAAAGGAGAGAGAUUGUUUAGUGAGGGGAUGUACAAAGAAUCAUUAGAAGUUUUCAAUGAGGCGCUACAGACGCUGAAAGACUGGUCGACGUUGUAUACCUGCAGAGCCCAGGUUCAAACGCAGCUUGGUAACUAUAAGGAGGCUUUGUCUGAUUGUGAUUGGGCAUUUAGGGCAGAUGCCAAAAGUCUGAACGCUUUCGUAACUCAAUCAAAAGUCCACCAAGCUAUGGGGGACCAUGACAAGGCUGUUGAGAUUUUACUAAAGGGAAUUGAAGUUAAACCUGGCAAGAAGAAAGUUCUGGAAGUCAUUCAAUCAUACGUUCAUUCAUCCAUUCAUUUCUUGGAAUUAUUGAAAACAUAUGUCUCGAAGGUUAUUUGGAUAGCGUUAGAAAACUGCAAGACUCUUGCAAUGACAGCUUUGUGUCCAAGAACUACAAUUGAAUAG